UCAGUUUUCACUCCACAGAUAACAAAAAAAAUUGAAUAAAUACAGAAUUCGAUUCGAAAGGGGGAAUUUGGGAUUCAAGAAAAUGAUCAUUUUGAGUUGAGAGGUGUUAUUUUAGAUGUUUUUUAUUUUAUAUUAUUUGUGAAUACAACAACCGAUACGCUUGAGGACUCAUUCUACAUAAUUUGACACAAACUAAUUCAAAAUGAAGUUCUUAAAGAACACCUUAACCCUUCGGCAUGGUCACCGGAAGAAGCUGAGUCGCUGCGUCAGCACCUGGUCUCCGCUAGCCACCGCAUUUAACACCAGACCUACUUCAAGACCCAUAUUUGAUUCUUUGAGGGAAAGGACGGGACUCUUCAACAAACCAGAGUUGGUCAGUUUUGAAGGCUUCUCAACACUGAAAGAGCAGGCUAUUGCAGCAACAGACCGCUUGAUUGAGGAAGCCACUUCUAACCCAAACCGUCCUAUGGUGGAGAUAUUUGAUGAACUAUCUGACACCCUGUGUAAGGUUGCUGACCUAGCUGAGUUUGUGAGGAUAGCUCACCCUCAGUCACAUUUUGCAAGUGCUGCAGAGGAUGCCUGUAUCAGUGUUAGUGGUGUUGUUGAGAAAUUAAACACGCACAAGGGUCUUUACGAAGCGCUACGUGACUCCGUUAAACGCGGCACAUCGGGAGACCAGCACCUAGCCGAGUUGUUCCUAUUCGACUUCGAACAGAGCGGCAUACAGCUGGCUGAGGAACGCCGCCGCAGGGUGGUGGCGCUCAAUGAUCUCAUUCUGCAAACUGGACAGAGGUUCAUGGCAGGAGCUGCGAAGCCGAGAAGGGUACCUCGGGCAGCUGUGCCGGCUAAUGUUAGGCAGUUCUUCAGCAGCGACGGCGACGACAUAAUCGUAAGCGGUGUAUACGCGGAAUGCGGUGACGCGGCGGCGCGGGAAGCCGCCUACCGUCUGUACCUCGCGCCUGAUAAACAGCAGCACCAGCUGCUGUCCGUCACCCUGGAGGCGAGGCAUGAGAUGGCCUCUAUUUGUGGAUUCCCCAGCUAUGCGGAUAGAGCAAUAAAAGCAAGUACAAUGGAAACAGCAACGAACGUGCGACAAUUCCUCGACAUCCUCUCAGAUAAUCUGUACGACAGAGCCAAAAUGGACUUCGAUGCUAUGCUCAAAAUGAAGAAGCAGGAAACUCCAUACCUGGACAGGUUAAUGUGUUGGGACACCCCCUACUUCACUCAUAAGGCGAAGACGCAGCUACUGAAUGUUGCAAAUUCAGAUUUCAGCCCUUAUUUCUCACUUGGAGGCUGUAUGGAAGGGCUGAAUAUGUUGUGUGAAGAGUUGUAUGGAAUCAGUUUGAAGCCUGAAGAGAUGUUACCAGGUGAGUCAUGGUCUCCAGAUGUGUACAAAUUGGCAGUGGUGCAUGAAUCUGAGGGUCUUCUAGGCUACAUUUAUUGUGAUUUGUACGAGAGGCCGGGCAAGCCGCACCAGGAUUGUCACUUCACUAUACAGGGUGGGAAGUUGCUGCCUGAUGGCUCUUACCAGAAUCCGAUCGUGGUAGUGAUGCUGUCACUUAGCGGCGGGCACCGUUCAGGGCCGGCGCUGCUGUCAGCGGGCGGCGUGGACAACCUGUUCCACGAGAUCGGUCACGCGCUGCACUCGAUGCUGGGCCGCGCGUCGCACCAGCACGUGGCCGGCACGCGCUGCGCCACCGACCUCGCCGAGGUGCCCUCCGUGCUCAUGGAGUACUUCGCCAGCAGCCCGCAGGUUAUCCGUCGCUUCGCCCGCCACUUCCAGACACGAGAACCGAUGCCAGAAGACAUGCUACACAGACUAUGUGCCUCAAAGCAUUUGUUUGGAGCCAGCGAGAUGCAACUGCAGGUGUUCUACUCCGCACUGGACCAACACUACCACGGAUCUGACGCAUCGUGGCGUGGUAGUACAACAGAAGUAUUGCAGAAAGUGCAGAAACAGUACUAUGGACUGCCUUAUGUUGAAAAUACUGCAUGGCAGCACCGCUUCAGCCACCUAAUCGGCUACGGCGCGAAGUACUACUCCUACCUGAUCUCGCGCGGCAUCGCCUGGAGCAUCUGGCACAAGUACUUCCAGGAGCAGCCGCUGUGCCGCACUGCAGGCGACAACCUCAGGCAUCAGCUGUUACGGCACGGCGGGGCUGUGCCGCCUAAGAUAUUGCUUCGCGACUACCUACAAGAGGAGGUGACGCCGACCACACUCGCGAACGCGCUCGCUGAAGAACUCGACCAUCACAAGGACCACCUCGACACCGUCUUCAAAAUACUCAACAAAUGAUCUAUACACACACACAAACGCAAACACUCGGGAAUAUAACACGGCAGCUGUGCAUGUGUGGGUCUACAUAUACUCACAUAGACGCAGUGCUUGUUGAAAGGUUCGGGCAUCGGACGACAAAAAGAGACCUUCAAAUUAUGAUAAGAAUAAUGCUUCCAUCAUAUCAACUUUAUUGACUGAUCUGAUCUUUUAGUUUGGAAUAAUUUGACUGGUUAGUGUUUAGGCGGCUUCAAAUACUAUUGUGAUAUUUUUUGUGUAGGGCAACACACAAUUUAGAUUUCCGCAUUUAGUAUUGGCGUGUAACGUCUCCCUGUGAAACUGUAUGAUUGCGAAUAAAAAUGAAUUAUUCUGUAAUUAAAUAAUUGUACAUAUUGUAAAUGUUACAUAAAUUAUUUUUAGUCAAUUUCGUUUGGAGAAAUUUAUUUUCAGUAUUAUGUGGCUGAAAUUACUAUUUAUUACACUGAAUAGUCUUUUAUCUCUGAUACAUAAAAAAUUAUAAACCAACUGACGAUAUUACCAUGUUAGCUUGUUCAAUAGAUUAUAUAAAAAAUGUAAUAGGUUCAUUUUCAAAUACUCCUAUUUGUGAUCACACACAUUUCUUGCCCAAUGUACAUACAAGAGAAGGACAAAUAAAACAAUGAAGGAAAA